GGGAAGCAAAUUAUUGUUGGUUGGUUGGCUUCUCCUUCAGCCCAUUUCUAAGAAAGAGCACAAAAUCAGAGGAGAAUGCCAAUGGAAGAAGAUGAAGAAUUGGCCAUGGAGAUCGACGCAUUGAAAAGGGAAUUGGAAAUUUCACUGCAAAAAUCGAAUUUUCUUGAGAAAGAAAAUCAAGAACUCAAACAAGAAUUGGCUCGAUUCAAAUCCCACAUUCAGUCUCUGAAAGCUCAUAAUAAUGACAGAAAAUCCAUUCUUUGGAAGAAAUUUCACAAUUCCAUGGAUGUCGCCGUCGCCGGAACUGACUCGUCACCGCAGAGUCCGCCGGCGACUGACAAAUGGGAGACUACCAGAACGCAGAAACAGAGUAAUUGGGCUGUUGUGAAAGAGAAUCAGAGAAUGGCGGCGGCGGCACCGACCCCGGCUCCUCCACCGCCGCCGCCACUUCCGACGAAGCUGCUCGGGGGAUCAAAGGCAGUGCGGCGAGUCCCGGAAGUGUUGGAGCUGUACCGUUUAGUGACGAAAAGGGAUGCCCAGAAGGAAAAUAAGGCCGCAAACGGAGGAUUUCCGGCGGUGGCGUUCACCAAAAACAUGAUCGGUGAAAUCGAAAACCGAUCAGCCUAUCUCUCAGCGAUAAAAUCGGAGGUGGAGACACAUGGGGAGUUUGUGAACCGGCUGAUCAGAGAAGUGGAGGCGGCAGCGCCAAGAGACAUAGCGGAGGUGGAGAGGUUCGUGAAGUGGCUAGACGGGGAGCUGGGAUCGCUCGUGGACGAGAGGGCGGUGCUCAAGCACUUCCCACGGUGGCCGGAGGGGAAGGCAGACGCACUGCGGGAGGCGGCAUUCAGCUAUAAGGAUCUGAAGAGCUUGGAAGCUGAAGUGUGUUCGUUUAGAGAGAAUCCAAAGGAGGAGACGAAUGCAAUGUUGAAGAGGGCUCAGGCCUUGCAAGACAGGUUGGAGCAGAGCGUGAGCAAUGUGGAGAGGACGAGGGAGUUCAACUGUAAGAAGUACAACAAGUUUCAAAUCCCUUGCCAGUGGAUGCUGGACUCUGGCUUGCCAGCCCAGAUGAAGCUGAGCUCAUUGAGGCUAGUGAAGGAAUGCAUGAGGAGAAUAACAAAAGAGAUACAAUUGAACGAAACCCCACAAACAGAAAACCUUUUUCUUCAAGGGGUUCGCUUUGCUUACAGGGUGCACCAGUAUGCAGGAGGUUUUGAUUCGGAGGCUAUAGUGGCUUUCGAAGGAAUGAAGCAAGUUGGGCUGCAGCUUAAUCAAAGAAAAUAGGGUUCUUUGGUGAUAAGUUAUAGUUAACAGCACUUGUAAGAAUCAACAUUGCAGCAGACCCAUUCAGAAAAGGGAUGUAAUAUGAAUGAUUGAAUGGGAAGUUCUAUACACAAUCAAUCCUAUGCUUAUU